AUGGGAAUCCAGGGUCUCAUUGGUCUGUUGGAGAGGGCGUCCACACCCGUACACGUGGAUCAGCUGUCGGGAAGUGUUUGUGUGAUCGAUGGCAACGGAUGGUUACAUCGGGCGUCCUAUGGAUGCGCUCAACGACUAUACGAAGGUCUGGAGACCGACCAAUACGUGAAGUAUGUCCUCAAGAGGUGUCGACUUCUGGCCGAAGUCCGCAUCAAACCAAUUGUCAUCUUCGAUGGCCAACGAUUGCCCGCCAAAGAGGUGACCCACGAAAGCCGCCGAUCGGCGCGCCGUUCCGUACGCCAGAAGAUUGAGUUACUCUUAGCCGAUGGACACGAAGCCAAAGCCCGGGAUCUGAUGAGGAGUUGUGUGGAAGUGACGCCUCAUAUGAUUAAAUGCCUGAUGAAUGGCCUCCGAGAAGAUGGCGUUGACUUUGUUGUGGCGCCCUAUGAAGCGGAUCCACAGAUGGCUUAUAUGGUUAACAACGGAUUCGCUGACUUCGCCAUCACCGAAGACUCGGAUCUUCUUGUCUACAACUGUAGACUUUGUUUGUUUAAAUUGGAUUCAAACGGUUCCGGAAGACUAAUGGACGCGUCGCUGAUCACCGGUUGUUUGGGCAGUGGUUUUGAUUUCAGCAAAUUCAGACACAUGUCUAUACUUUCAGGUUGUGAUUAUUUGCCAAAUUUGCCCGGAAUUGGUCUCCAGAGGGCGAAAAAGUUCUUCAAAAUGACCGCAAAUACCGAUCUGAGGACUGUUUUGUAUAAAAUCCCGAGUUAUCUGAAAAUGAAUGGAAAAGUGAAAAUAACCAAAGAUUAUGUCAACGCUUUUAUUAAAGCCGACAAUACAUUCAAAUAUCAACUCGUGUUUUGUCCGAAAUCCCGAAAAUUAGUUCCUCUGACGCCAUACGAGAAGGACGUCACGCCUCAGGAGUUGACGUUUGCCGGCACUCACUUUCCCUCACAAUUGGGCGAAGACUUUGCCUUUCAA